GCAGCAGUAGUGUGAAAAAGUUGAAAAAUUCUCUGUUACUUUUAUAUUCUCAAAGAGCAUGGAGAGGAGUGUGGAAGUUUUCAAAUAAUUCGAGUGCAAAUUAAAAUAAAUUCAUUCAAAAUUUCCUACGUUUUAUAUCGAAAAAUUACAACAUUUUGUGCUGUUUUUUUAUGGAUUUGCAUGAGUAUUUGUGUAGAUAGGAACAUACAUGUAGGACUUUUGUUAUUAUUUUCGGUUCGGUAAAGUUUCAAAACAAGAGAGAAGACGUCAAGAAGUUAAAAUAAUAUUAAAGAGGUACAAAGUGAUGAGACAAUAGUUUAUUAUUGAUAAAUCAAGGAAGUGCAUCUGAAGUCGAGUGGGGAGCACAAAGAAAAGUGAGAUUUCUUUUGUUAUACCUAAGUUAUGAAAAAAAAAUUUAUAAAUUCCAAAGAAAAACUUGUUUUGCAUUUGAAAAAUGAAUUUAGAGGGAGAUGUUUGCAUUCAGUUAAGUUGAAGUUAGUCUUUUUAACUACGUGAGAAACUGCAGUCGUAAGAGAAAAUACGAUGAUGACGGAAUAGGUUAAAAAAAAUGUAUUUCUUUGUAUUUUUGUGUGAUUGUUUUUAUUUUGAAAAGAAAAAUAAUUUGGGUUAACGUUGUUCAAGUUGGGAUUCAUUUUAUUUGUCGUUGUCUUAUUCAAGUAUCCAGUAUGUCAAACGGAACAACAAACUUAAUCGGCUCUAGUAAGCCGUGCCAAAUCAAUGGCCCACUUAUCGUGACUAUUGUAGGACUGCCUUGUCAUGGAAAAUCCUUGGCGGCUCAUAAAAUCUCGCGAUAUUUGUUUUGGAGAGGCGAAGAUGUAAAAGUUUUUAAGGUUGAAGACUUCGUAACAGAGGAAACACUUCAAAACAUUAGUGAAUGGUUCACUACAGGUCAUAACGUUGCUAUUAUCGAUGGAAUGAAUUUAUCAAAACAAUCUCGUAAUCUCGUGGCAAAUUAUUGUCGAACGUCAGUUUAUCACCAUCUUAUAGUAGAGUUCAAUUGCACUGAGGCUUGUGUUGAAGAUAAUAUUAAAGAUACAGCAUUGUUCUAUGAGAAGCUUGACAACAACAAAGACUGGCUGAAGAAAUUACAAGAAAGAUUUAAGAAAUUCACUCCACUGUAUGAGAAAUGUUCAAUUCAUGAAGGACCUUUGAUAACUGUGAACAACUCGGAGAAUCAACUUCUUCAUUCAGUGACAGCUCACGGUGUUCAAGGACUUUUGCAAACAUUUAUUCUAGGCGUGCUGUCGAGUCCCGUUAUAAAGCACAGAGUUUUCUACUUUAGUCGACAUGGAGAGUCGGAAUUUAAUGUGUUAGGUCGAAUUGGUGGUGACGCUGACUUAUCAGAUCGAGGUAGGAAAUAUGCUGACAAUCUGGCGAAGCAGCUUGGUGGGCCAGGAAGCAGUAAAGAUUCUCCUAAACCUCGUUUGAUUUGGACAUCGGAGCUUCGUCGCACAAUCAGUACAGUUCAAAAUAUCCCCGGACCACGAGCAACACUUAAAGAUUUAAAUGAAAUCAAUGCAGGAAUAUGUGAGGGAUUGACUUAUGAAGAAAUACAAGAACGUUUUCCAUCAGAAUUUGCAUGGCGUGAUCAAGAUAAGUUAAAGUAUCGCUAUCCACAUGGUGAAUCUUACUUGGAUCUUUUACAAAGAGUUGAUGGUGUCAUCCAAGCACUCUUAUUAAACACAGAUGUUCUUGUAGUUUCCCAUCAAGCUGUGCUUCGAUGCAUUAUUUCGUAUUUUAAAGGCACAAAACCAGAGGAAAUUCCUUACAUCAAUGUACCACUUCACACAUUAAUUAUUGUUAAGUCUUAUGGUUAUGACUUUGAAAUCGAAACUGUGCCAUUGAAAGUUGAGUGCGUUGACACUUAUCGAAUUCAACCAAAUAAUUGUUCUAUUGAAAGAACAUCUGCUGAUGCAUUAACCACCGUUCCAGCUCACUUUGACUCUGUACCAUCGGCAUUAAUAAACUAAUUAUUUUGGAGGGUAAAGCGAGUGGGAACAGCUUUGCUUAUCUAGUUAGCAAUUUUAAUUUCUGACGCUUUUUCUUUUUAAUUACAUAUUAAAAAAAAAUUCGUCAAAAUACUUUUUGAUAUCAUUUCAAAUGCCAUUUAAAUAAUUUUGCAUUUCUUUUUAAUCUAACAAAUAAUUUUUUUAUUUACAAUUUUAAAUUUCUAAAUAAGCCUUGAUUUCUAAUUCUAGAUGAUGAUUUUGUUGAUCGGACAAUGUUCUUUUGAGCGUUCUUGUUCUAGACAGUUGUAAGAAGAAAUCUUGGUUUGAUUAAGUUGUAGGUUUUCUUUAAAGAAUAAUAAUAUUAAUGAACAUCUUUCUAUAAAACUUCUAACAGCUUUCACAUACUUACUUACUAAGAGAACUAACGAACUAGCAUGUAACUUUUUAUUUUCUUUUUAAACUCUGUCAAUCUAAAGCAUUUUAGUAAUUUUUUUUAUUAAAAUUGGAAAUUAAUUUACCUACUAAAGGACCCACCAACUGAAAAAUGCAAAAACUUAUUCACUAUCAUGUAAGUAAAAUAGUUGAAGACUUUCGAGCAUCUAUCAUUUCUUUUUUUAAUUAAUGACUGGAUAAACGUUUGUACAAAGUACAUGCAAAUUAGAAUAUUUAGAGUCAAGAUGGAAAUUUGACUGCUUUUGCAUUUCUUGAUCAAUAUUCGUGACCGUUUAAAUGUUUAAAAUUUAAAAAAAAAAGAUGUUAGGUUUAUCCCAUUGGUGUUUGAGGUAUCAAUUGAAAAUACUGUUUGCUUGUUUUUUUAGUUAAUUGAUAAGAUAUGAGGGAAAGUAAUAAAAUGAAAAUGAUGAAGAUUGGUUGAAGUGGCUUAAAGACUUUGUUCUGUCGCCUUUUUUAAGAUAUCACGUUUUAAUUUUGUCAAAACAUCUCUAAAGCAAGCUUUUAAGUAGAAUUUUUUACACGAAUUACGUAGCAAUUGAUAAAAUUUCUAUGCACCAAAUUAUUAAAAUGAAUGUGAAGCUAUACGCACUUUAGACUCUUCCAGAGUUUAUAGAAAAUUUUAAAAUAUCUUCCAAGAUUUCUUCGUCGAUUAGAUUAGAAACUUUAAUUAAUAAGAGUAAUAAGAUCUUUACAAUAAUGUCAAGAGGAUUCAUAAAAGGUAGUUUUUGAGUAUUUGAAGAUGAUAAAAAUUAUUAGCUCAUGGAUACAAAUUUAGUUUUGUGAUAAUUUUAAUUUUUCUUACCGCCAUAAAUGAAAACUCGCAUUUUCGUUUUUCUUAGUAAUUUAGUCAAUUUUUUACUAUUUUUUUCUCAUUUGGAGAACUGUAAGAUGAUGAUUUUAUUAAUCAUUUAAAGAAUGAUAAAAUGAAACAAUUUUGAUCUACAAGCUCCGUAAAAUGUUAAAUCUUGUACAUAAAAAAAAUUGAAUAAAAUAUAAAUUCUUGAAAAAAAACUUUCUAAAAAUUCUUUCUAAUUGAAAUUAAGGAUUUUUAUUUACAUUGUUGCUAGUUAAAUAUUUUCCAUUUACAAAAUUGUCACUGAGAAAGUUUUCUUUUAAAUUGUUUAAAGCGAUUUAAUAGCACAAUCAAAGACUAUGGGUGGGUUUUGUGGUAAAUAGGAAAUAUCACAUGUUGAUGCAUUGAUGUAAACUAUUUUACCAUCACUAGAGAUUCCUCUUGAUUCAUGAAUGUGACCAAAUAUAUGAUACAAUGGCUUGACACGUUUCUGAACUGUUGUUAAGAGUUCGACACAUCCAGCUCUGAUACCAUUGCAGCAGAGAUCAUUGAAUCCGACUGGAGGCGUAUGAGUGAUUAAAAUGUCAGUGUCUGAAGGUAUAAGAUUCCAUUUUUGUAAAAUUUCUUCUCCUCUUUUCAAAUUAAAAGCCCAGUGACAGAAUUCUGGUUGAUGUGGAGUGCCCCAAAAUUUUAAUCCAUACAAUUCCACUCCACUGUCUUCUAAGUAAGUGCAGUUUGUUAAAACUUGCUGAAUAUUUUUGGUGUUGACUGCAUCUUCUAAUAUUUCUUUGUUGUGUCCUAAUAAUGGGAUUUCAUCAAAUAAUCCUUGUCUUGAAUGAUGUCCUUUGCUAUUUUUUGCAAGAGGAUGAGUAAAAGUUGGGUCAAAACUAAGCUCAUGAUUGCCGGCUAUGACAAGCUUAUGUUUAUGUGGAAGAUCACCAAGCCAUUGAUUGAAUUCUUUAACUUCAUUUAAACUUCCACAUGCAGUAAAGUCACCAGCAUGAAUGAAAAUGUCUCCAUCGGGUACAUCAAAUUUCAAAUGACGUGUUAAGGCAUGUGUAUCUGACAUUGCUACAAUCCUUAUUUUUGUAGGAUCAGAAUUUUCAGUUCUUGGUACCUGUAAGCUAUUUUGAUUACUCGCUGAGAUUUCGAAAUUUCCUUCCAUGCUUCAGUUGGAUUGUGUGAUAAAGGAUGAACUGAAAUUUCUUCUUCCAUUAUUCCUUUUUUUAACUUUACAAAUUUUUCAUUCUUUUUAGCAUAUCUUAACUUGAUUUUAAGAAGUUUUCGGAAAGAUUCAAGCACUUGUGAAUAUUUCAGUAGAAUUAUCAAUUUUCACUUCCUUCUCUGUUGUUAUCGGAAAUUUUCAAAUCUUUGAUCACUGUCUGGCGCCUUGUCUAUGCUAAUUUCCAUAAAUAUAGCGCAAUACGAGCAAAUAUUACAAAUUGCUCAGUUUGCUUGUAGAUAAUAUUUUUGAAGUUAACGAGGGUAUUGAUUGAGCACAUUUCACGAAUAAAAACAAAAACAUUGGUAAACUCAACAAAUUAAGUUUAGUAGUCAAUAUGAAUGUU